AUGGACGACAACUCGACCCCCAAUUGGGACCUUGACAGCGAUGAAAUUGCAUCCGUUGCAUCAGAAGACUUACACGACAAUCGGCCAAACCGCUGGAAGGGGCCAAAGUCGACAUGGAGACAGUUGACUAUAGAGGAGAGGCUGCUCUGGCGCUCUAUGCGACAGCUUGCCGACAAGGAUUUGAGUGCGCACUUGUAUGAUGCAUUUGCGCUGAAGAGACAAGGAAGAGAUCCAUCCACCGCAGAGAACCUCACUGUUACGACGGAAGACGGACAACAACAAAUUUGGGCGCCACCAAAGAUAUGGACGGCAUGGCCACUAAGGGAGAAGCAUGUCCCACCAGAAGGACUGUUCCAAAAACAAAACGAUGAAGAUGAGAAGUAUACAUUCCGGAAAGAAGAAGCGACGAUGCCUAGCACUGCGCUGCAGGAUGAGCUCACAGCGACGGUGUUGCGUCUAGCAAAGGACCGAUAUGGACGACGGUCGAGACGUCGCCCUGUUUAUCAGUCCAUUGAAGGCCCUUCCAGUCCAAUGCGGACCUCAAUGCGGACAAGAUCAAGAGCCCGGUCUGAAGAUGAAUCCUCGCUUCCGUCCUCACCUCCUGUUCCAAAGCUGCAAUCGGACAGUGAAAACAUGUCUCUCGAUGAAGACGAAGACGAUUCAAGCGAUGGUGACGAUGAAACGGAAUACGAGGGUUCAGAAGUCGCUCACCAAGGAAAAGGGAAGACUUUCGAGCCAACCGUAUCUUCAAAUGACGAUUUGUCAAGCAAGCUCCUCCUACCAUCCGUCCGCCAUAUCCUCAGCCAACUAGACCGCACUCUCACCAUUCUCCAUAAUGCCCGCGUCGCAGGGCUAAACUACCUUUCCGACUCGGAUUCAUCCACGGAAGAAGAUUCAGAGCCAGGAACCCCUCGCAGGAGAGGCCGUCCGAGAAGCACUCCCCAACCGGGCAAACCGGGAGACGAGCCAUCAACUCCAAAACAGCACAAUUUGCAAGGACCUCGUCCUCGUGGUCGUCCUCGUAAGGUCCACACUCCAAGAGAGGGCGAAACACAAGAGCAAAUGCAGCUGCGAGUAGCUAGGGAAAGUCACAGACGACUCCCCACGACGUCCGAGGACAGAGAUGCCGCCUUUGAAGCAUGGCUACGAGAAGGUGAUCGUCGAAUUGAACUUGAGAGAUCACGUUCCAGAACGCCAGCCGAGGAAUCUAAGCCCCAAGAAGAAGGGGCUGCUGAAACGAACAUUGAGAGGAAACUGCGCCGCUGGGGGCUCAGAGACUGGAGUGAUGUUGUCGGCGCUGCUGCAUUGGCAGGCUUCCCUGACGCCGUUAUCGCACGAACCACUAAACGGUGCGCAGAUCUGUUCAAUCAAGGAAUGAUUAUCAGGCGGCUAGACGAGAUUUCUGUAUCCCGAAGGCCGGGAUUCACCAGCACAGAGUACCACCCUUCGAAGAUCGAAUUAUCCCCGUCUUCUUCCGAAUCCGAACUCGAGCCGACGUUGACGCUCUCCCAGCGCCGCAUCACAUCUCGCCAGACCUCACUUGCUCGCUCUUCGCAACCGCCCUCACCAGUAACUCCUCGGCGUGGUCGGUCCCUUUCGCAAGAUCCUUCCCGCUCACGUUCUCGUUCCUCAGUGGGAUUGCUCUUCUGUCCUGUUCCAACAUGUGAUCGUGCUGCUACCGGGUUUUCGAGACGUGGCAACCUUCGUCGACAUAUGCAGCUAGUUCAUCCUGGCUAUGCGUCUGACGAAGAUGAUUCAGAUGAUGAGAUGGUUGGUUGUGUACAUGUAGAUGGGUUUUUGAAGUCGAUUCAGCCAGGCAAAGGUUGGAGAGGGGAGGACGUGCUUACGAGGAAGAGGAAGAGGUUUUAUGGUAGGAGUGUAAGUGUGGAGGACGGUGAUGAUGAAGGUGAUGGAAACCAAUCGUGA